CUUCUGGAAAAAUCAUCUAUUUUUUUGGCGAGAAAAGAGUAUAUAAGAUCGAGCCACACACGAAUAUUCCAAUAGCUGCUUGUUGUUUUUCAUCUUACGACCGUCUGCUUCAAAAUUUCUGAAGAUCUCCUCCUCUGUCGUUCACUUUGGACCAUCGCAGAACUAAAUACCACCGAAAUGGGUCGUUUCACAGCGCUUCUCCUUGCUCAGCUGAUUGCCACCUCACUUGCGUGUUUGCCCACAAGUAACUCCGGUCGCCCUUUUGGCAUAGACCUAGGCCCCAACACGGAGGUGUACCCAUACUACAAAGAUGGCGAAGUUGGUAUCACGUUUGAAUGGCGGUUCAAGCGGAGCAUCGAAAAUGAGACCGCGCACGAUAUCGACAUCAGCAGGAAACUCUUCGAAGUACUCGACAUCAACGAUGACGACCAGCUUGAUGUGAAAGAAUGGUUCGAUGAAGGAGGUAAAGUCAGAUCAUUUUCUGACAUGCUCGGCGAUUACGACAAUAACUCUGAUGAGAUGAUCUCGCUUGAAGAGUUCCUCGCCAUUCCUCUCGAUCCCGCGACCAUUGACCAUGAGAUGAGGAGCGACCAAAACUAAAACCAGUGACGUAAUAAUGGUCGACGCCGACCCCUUCACUCGGUUGGAAACGCUCUAGUGUAUCCUUAUUACAGGGGCGGGAAUUUCUUAUCUGUGCGUAGUCAAUUUGUGCGUUGUAGUGCGUAGUUGGGCAGGGGUAGGACUUAAGGGGUAAGCCAUAUAUAUAAUAUACCAUGGCGUUGAAUAAGGAUAAUUACAGUAAGAUAUAACUCAAAUGUAGAUUGCCAAAGAAUUAAAGGUACUAUGUCCCAUUUGCAGGCCUAAACAACAAAAAUGAAA